AUGUCUGGAGGCUUCCCUUGGUUCAAAAUGACUAUUGCAACUGGCGGAGUGAUGGGACUGGGUUAUUUCAUCAUGAAGUCUACUUCUCCCACACCUGAACAGACAUAUGCUGCCAUGGCCCCCGACCUGCGACGCAAGGUCGACGCAAAUCGUGCAGCUCGGUUAGCUGCGGAAAAUGAGACCAAGCGACAGGUAGAUGCACAGUUGAGCGAUCCCGAUUCACAAAAACCUAUCUGGGCCGACUCGCCACGGUCAUAG